AUGGCGGCUGCAGGUGGAGGCUCCGCCCUCCACAAGCUAACACGCCCACACGGCAUCAAGCUGAGUCCAGCUGUGGCCUGCUGGGUGGAGGAGCUCAGUCUGGCUGUGGGCAGCAUGCCUGUGGCAGCGGCAGCAGACUUUGAGAGUCUGACUCUCCAGCAUGCCAUCAAACUGUGGCUGGGACUCGGUCAGGUCGGCAAAUCUCCCAAACUGAAGCACGUGGUGAGUCACCGGAGACAAGUGUUCAUGGUCCUCAGAGACAACACCAAGGAGAUGAACAUGUGUUAUGGAUCUUCAUGUCUGAGCUGCUCCUCCAUGUUUCAGAACCCUGUGUCUCUGAACGUCUCCUUGUUGUUUGCAGCCUCGUUUCAGAUUCCUCCGGCUCCAGCCUCCGUUGGAAGUCCCGGCUCCCACCAGCCCAUCCAGCUCAGUGACCUGCAGAGCAUCCUGGCCACCAUGAACGCUGCCACGGCGUCGGCUCCGGGAGCCGCAGUGGAUCUAGCCAGUGUGUGCACCCCCGAGAUGAUGGCUCCCAUCCUCACUAAUGCUGAGGUCCAGCAGAGGCUCCUCCCCUUCCUGCCCAGUGGAGAGAGUUUGCUGCAGAGCGCUGAGGAGAUCCCCAACACCCUCAGCUCUCCUCAGUUCCAGCAGUCGAUGAGCAUGUUCAGCAGUGCCUUGGCCUCCGGGCAGCUCGGGCCCCUCAUGACUCAGUUCGGUCUGCCGGCCGACGCUGUGGACGCCGCCAACAGAGGAGACGUGGAGGCGUUUGCCAGCUCCAUGCAGAGCAGUAAAGGAGACUCGAAGGACAAGGAGGACGACGAGGACAUGAGUCUGGAUUAGAGCUCCAGCUGAUGAACUCCUGGGAUUCCUGCUCUCCUUUAUUUCAGUUUCUCUCCCUCUCUUUCAGGUGCUCUUGUCCUUUCCUAAACCAAAGGCAUCACUCAGGAUGAACCGAUCUGUACAGAGAGGAUCCAGCUCCUCCUGUAACACCGUGCAGUCUGUGUGAUCUGUGUUCAUCUGUUCAACUGACCCGAGGUUUCACUCUGAAAAGAGACUUUUAUACACAACUGAGGACGAAGCCUUCAAACCAUGUUUCUUUUCUUUCUGUCUUUCUGUUGUAAAGACUUCAGGAGCCUGAGUUCAUCCUUAAUAAAUCAAAUCAACCCAGAUAAA